ACUCAUUGAAUACAAUUCGGUAUUUUCUUUUUUUCGCGAAGCUAAUUUUUUAUUUCUCUAUUUGUCUACGAAUAUUCUUCUCCGACUGCCGUCGCCGAUUCUCUCAUCUUCUUCCGUUUUCUCCGAUUCCCUUCCGCUCCGUCGGGGCUGGAGCUGAAGACGCCGGAGAGUUCCACAGAGUUUUAUCUGAAUCAUUAGCGAUAACUGAAAGUUUUUUCUGUAAGAUUUUAAUGGCGUUCGCUUCUAGCAGUGUUAUCUGCCAGAACAGAGCCUUAUCGUCUUCCGUCGUUUCUACUCCGGCCGUUUUACGCCGCCGCUGCUACUCACGGUUACAAUCGCAGCAUCUGCUUCGUUGUAAUCGCCGUUCGAACAUCGGGAUGGACGUCGCUUCAGUUCCUGCUACGAACGCCUCUUCCGUUGUCGCUAAAACUGCUCUAUCCGAUGCUCACGUUCAAAGUCAGAGCUUCAGUCCUGCUCCUGGUAGUGGGUGGUCUGAUUUUGCCAAAAAUGUCUCUGGCGAGUGGGAUGGGUAUGGAGCGGAUUUUUCUUCUGGAGGGACACCAAUUGAACUUCCGGAAUCCGUUGUACCCGAUGCUUAUAGAGAAUGGGAGGUUAAGGUUUUUGACUGGCAGACUCAGUGCCCCACUCUUGCGGAAGCAGAGCAUACCUCUUUCAUGUACAAGACAAUAAAGCUACUUCCCACAGUAGGAUGUGAAGCUGAUGCUGCAACCCGUUACAGCAUUGAUGAGAGAAAUGUUGGAAAUGGUGCAAAUGAUGAAGUAACUGCAUUUGCAUAUCAACGUAGUGGAUGUUAUGUAGCUGUCUGGCCAGCUGAUGGUGGAGGUGCUUAUAAGUUAUUGGAGUUGGAACAUUGCCUGCUUAAUCCUCAAGAUCGCGAGUCUCGUGUGAGGGUUGUUCAGGUUGUUCGAGUUGAAGGCGCUCGGCUUGUGUUGCAGAAUAUCAGAGUUUUCUGCGAGCAGUGGUAUGGACCAUACAGAAACGGGGAACAGCUGGGUGGAUGUGCCAUACAAGAUUCUGCAUUUGCUUCUACAGCUGCCUUGAAAGCUUCAGAGGUUGUUGGUACAUGGCAGGGUCCUGUCUCUGUUGCCCAUUUUGAUGGUUCUCAGAUUAAUGCUGUUCAAGAACUUUUGGCUGACAAUGUGCAAAGGUCGACGAGAAUUGAAUCAGACCUCAAGGUGCUUCCCAAGCAACUAUGGUGUUCCCUUAGAGAAAGCAAAGAAAGUGGGGAUACUUGCUGUGAAGUAGGAUGGCUUUUUGAUCAGGGGCAUGCAAUCACAUCAAGAUGCAUUUUCUCAAGCACAGCAAGGUUGAAGGAAAUAUCAAUUGCAAAUGAUACCCCUGCUUAAGAGAGUAGCUUACAGAUGUCAGUUCAAUUAUGCUACAGAGAAGGUCCUGAGAUCGAUUCCUUGGUUUGCCCAUCACGAAGGGGAUCUACUUCAAGGUGACUUGGGGAGAAAAUAGUACUGAAAUAUGUAUUCGCCAUGUAUUUGCAUUCUAUAGAAUGAAGUUUAAAAAUACAAAAACCCACCUGUAGUAUGCAAUUGUUUCCUGAUUUAGUAAAAUAAUCUUAUAGCAUCUAAGGAGCUUUUAUUGUGGCACCUUGUCCACUCGAGUUUGGUUCUAGUGAACGCUCUUUUGAGUUCAGGUGGAAAUUCAAACUUCCGACCUUAUUUUAUUA